UUGUGUCAUCUAUCGAUACCCAUCAUUUGUUUUCAUCAUUACUCCCCUAUUUGCAGAAAAUGAAUACCACAGCAGCUCAGUUUCCAUACCCAUGGCAGCGUUGCAAAAUUGUCCACCUGGUGAGGCAUGGACAAGCCAUGCAUAAUGUAGAAGGAGACAUUAACCGUGAAGCACUGUUGUCUCCUCACCUAUUUGAUGCCGAACUUUCCCCACUGGGCCGGCACCAGGUUGGUAAACUGCGGGAGGAUGUUCAUGCUAGUGGGCUACUUAAGCGGAUUGAGUUAGUCAUCACUUCCCCUUUAUACAGGACCAUGCAAACUGCUUUUGGAGUAUUCGGUAGUACUGAAAGCAACGAAGAUGCAGGGGUUAAUUGCCCCAAAAUUAUGGCAGUUGAGCUUUGUCGAGACCGCAUGGGUGUUCGUCCUUGUGAUAUGAGGAGAAGGGUCAGCGAGUGUCAAGCUCUUUUCCCUUCUAUUGAUUUUUCAAUGAUGGAUGGCGAAGAAGACAACAUGUGGAAUCCAGACUUUCGAGAAUCUGAAGAAGAAAUGGCUGCUCGAAUGGGUCUUUUAAUGAAUUGGCUAUGGACAAGGCCAGAGCAAGAGAUUGUUAUUGUAAGUCAUGGAAUAAUGCUUCAACAUAUUCUAUACAGACUUGGAAACGACUGUCAUCAAUCAGUUAGAACCGCUUUAUGCAAACGCUUUGACAAUUGUGAGCUUCGAUCUGUGGUCAUCGUGGACAAAAGCUCAAUGGAAGCGGAUUCACAGCUUUGCUAACCAAGAAAUGUAGCAAAAGAGAAUGUGUUGAACUGGACUCAAGUGACUUCGAAAUAAAUACUCACCGCUGCAUUCAAGAAUUCUUUAAUCUAUUGCAUCCAAACUUGAAUUAUUGUUCUUUCUUUCUUUUUAUUAUUUGUUUUAAAGCUAGUUUGACCAAUUGAUGUCUGUUUCUAUUGUAAAACAAACGGUAGAUAACCAUCCUGUGAGCAAAAUUUGUAAUUGGAUUGAUUUUCAAAUAAAAUAAAUUAAUUUUUAAGUCA